UCCCUAAAUCCGCGUCUACUUCCGGUGGUGUCCGUCUACGUCGUGCGGUCUGCACUGUCUGGGAGCUGAGCACGACAGGAGGAAAAAGCGUUUCUCUUGCAGCAGUUUGUUUGUGCAAAUACCUUCACUGCUUGCUACUAGCCACCAGGAUGAAUGUGGGUGUGGCUCACAGCGAGGUGAACCCAAACACCCGAGUGAUGAACAGUCGAGGGAUUUGGCUGACCUACGCACUUGGUGUUGGUGUGCUUCACAUCGUGCUCCUGAGCAUACCCUUCUUCAGCGUGCCCGUGGUGUGGACUCUAACAAAUGUCAUUCACAACUUAGGAAUGUAUGUCUUCAUGCAUGCAGUCAAAGGCACCCCUUUUGAGACCCCUGACCAAGGAAAAGCCAGACUUCUUACUCACUGGGAGCAGCUCGACUAUGGCGUGCAGUUCACCUCAUCUAGAAAGUUCUUCACCAUCUCCCCAAUUAUUCUAUACUUCUUGGCAAGUUUCUAUACAAAAUAUGACACAACACACUUUGUCAUCAACACUGCCUCGCUUCUGAGUGUCCUGAUCCCCAAACUGCCGCAGCUGCAUGGAGUCAGAAUUCUUGGCAUCAACAAGUAUUAAUAAUUGUAAAUGCUGCUCCUCUCAGCAACUGAAGCUAAUUCCUGUGUAGUUUGUACCGCCGAUGUGUGUACUAAGUCAUACAGUUUGUGUAACGACCACUGUUGUCGUAUAGUAACACCAGAGGGGUGCACUACGAAACGAGGUACGUUGAGCCUAAAGAGUUUUCAGCGUCAUGAAGGUAGCUCUGUUUUUUUUGUUUUUGUUUUGUUUGUUUUUUUUUUUAACCAGGUCACUCAGCUCUGGGUGGAGGCUACGUUCAAACUUUUUGUUUAAAAUGAUCUGUUAAUGAGCAGUACAGAUUUUCAGCUGAGGUUAUAUAUGCAAAACCUGUUGAGCCGUGUGUUUGUAAUGCCGCCCAAAGAAGCUGUGCAGUUUUAGUUGAACAAACUGUUACAGCAACAGGGAUUUAAAUGCAUUAGGCUGGUGAUGCAGAAAAAGUGCUUUUAUGUUUGUUCAUAAUUUCCUGCUGAUGUAAAGCAGAGUAGAACACUGAUUUGUCUGAUAUUCAGUCAGUAUAUUUACUUCCACUUUGAUUUGGCCAAAAACUCAAGUGAUUUUCAUCCUUUAUUAUGGGACAGGGUCCUGCCUGAAUGCACUUCCUGAGUUGUGUUAGGAAUAAACUGUAGCAAAGAGAAAACACUGAGCAGUGUGUGAUUGCAAAGCUCCACAGCUCUGCCCAUGUUAAUCAAAAUUCUUAACAUCUUUAACGUUUGCUGAUCUCUCCUUCAAGAUCGUUUCCUUGGACACCACUAUGGCUAGUUUUAGAUGGCUCCCUGGAUUUGAGCUUCGUUGUCAUGGCUGACUUGAAAUUUGCUCUCUGAGCAAGUUUAAACUUCAAUAGACCUGACUUUUGUUAUGAGGGCUCAUUGCGUGUGCGUGAAACUGAACUCAAAAACCCAGUGCCCAUCCUAGAACUUGUUCCAUGCAUUUCCACCCCAUAAAUAAAUCCUAAUGGAAAAGUUGACAAUGAGUCAAGGGGCCAACUAGAACAGGGUUCCUGCAGACUGAUUUUGAAAGGUGUCUGAAUCUGAAAAGGCAGCCCUAGUUUUUAUUAAAGUCUCGAAAUUCCUCAGAUUUGGAGAGGUAAUUUAUAAUCUUAAAAUGUGGUGGCUAGUUGGUCAGAGCAGUUGCAUUCCUCACUUUACUCAGAAAUGAAGAAACGUAAAUUCGCUGAAUAUUGGCUCUUCAUCCAAGCAUUUGUGUAUGAGUCACAAUAUGUUUUGUUCAGGAAGUGCCACAAUGGGAAUGAAGGUGCAGGGGAAAACCCCUACAAGUUUUGGUUCAGUUGCAAGCAGUUCUGACUAGUUGCCCUACAUUGCUUACCUGCAUAGCUUAGCUUUUUGCUCAACUACAACUAUACGAGACAAACAACAUGCGUCUAAAUCUUGAAAUCUAUAUGUAAUAUUUCUUACCCUGUGGAGGCUUCAUCUUUUUUGCACAUGCAUUGGGUUUUGUACAGCACUUUUUACCUCCUGAGGUCAGACAUCCUAAAGCGUAUGUGGCAGAAAGCAAAUUAGCCGAAGCUGUACAGAAGAGAUGACCAUUGUUUCCAUGUCUGAAACAUGAAGCCAGUGCAUUAGUGCCUUAUAUCUGCAGUCUUUUAAUGGUUGAGUAAUCUGGCUGCAUAAAGAAGCCAGAUUUUAUGGAAAUCUUUGGAAUAAUUACCCUUCCCUCCCCCUAAUUCAUCCACUUAAUACACUUUCUAUUUUUAAAUAUUUAAAACAUGCAGUUGUUGUUGUUUUUUUUUUUUUAAAUUAAGCUCCCCAUCAGGGUCAAAGGCUACAGUUAUGUGAAUGACAAGCCAAUCCUACAGGAGUUGGUCAGAUCCAACCCAUCCUCGUGGUGCCUGGUGUCGUAAAGCUAAGAUGGCAACAGCACAUACUGGCACAGACGCAAAUUGAAAUGAAAGUGAAAAAGCUGUGAUUCAGGCAAACUGGGAGUGAUUCAGGACAUGAUACAGAAACAGUGUGAGGAGGCAGUACUUCCAUGGAGCGAUCAAAAAUCAGCGUGCAUGAGGAGGCAAUGUUGAAGGGAAUGGUUUCAUUUUUUUAUGGGCAGAGAUUCAUAACUUUUGUAUUGAGUCCCAUCUUUGUAAGAAACUUUCUUUCUGGCCUGAUGUUUGGCUGUAGUAAUUAUCGUAAAGUCUUCACUGCUCAGUGUGAUCUGCUCCUUUUUUGUUCAACACAGAGUCGGGAUAAACACAUCUCACCUUCAUGACGCCUGUUAUCUCUGGCAGGAGGCCUGGCUGUGUUCAGUUUGCUUUGUGGUGCAUCCCUCUGGUUUAAAGAUGAUAUGUCUGUACAUGACAGGAUGCCAUACGCAUUACUAACUUAUGUGAAUAUUUAAUGAUGUAUUGGGCGGGCCCAGGCAUCAGUGAGGCUUUUGGUUGAGUUUAAUUUUCUUCCUUUCUUUGCUCUCAGCUCACACACAGUGAUGCAAAUUGUGUUUCUAGUCACAAAGAUGUUGCAAAUGUAUUUUUCAAAUAUGUCUUAUUUUCCAAAUAUGUCUUACUUUGUGAGGGUAGGAGCCCGUGGCUCGCUGUUUACCGGUACACUCUAGUUUUGUAACGGGUGUCAGACAUUUUUGUGCUGAGGAAGAACAGAAUCAAGCUCUUCAUGUGCAUGGUUUCCUUUGUGAAUCAUUUGUAACCAAUCAGAACAGCAGGCUUUUCUCAUUGUACUCUUUAUGUGUGUGUGUGUGUGUGUGUGUGUGUGUGUAUAUGUGUGUGUAUGUGUGUGUGUGUGUAUGUGUGAGUGAGUGAAUAUUAUGUCCUUUAUGUAGAAAUGAGACAGAUUAUUGUUGUCAGAUUAAGUGUUUACUGAGGGAGCUCCACAGUGUCUUUGUGAUGAACUUACGCUCAUGUAGCCACUCUCUUCAUACUUUGAGGGAUUAUUUGAUUUGUUUUUGUUUUUUGGCUAUGAUUGAGGCAGCGAGUCCUACUUUGUUUGGCCAUAGCUUGUAGUACUUGAUAUUUCUGGUUCUUAAUCUUAUUAAAAUGUUUGCCCUCCA